CUUGAAUUCUUAUCUCGCGAAUUCUCGACUAGCGAGCUGGCCAAUGUACUCAGUUCUGAAGGUGCAAAAUGUACCAUCGCGAACGUGCAUUCCGAACGGAGCGUCAAAUGUGAGUCUGCUGUGGCAGCACUAGUGAAAUGCAGGGGGGAGUAUCGUUACAAUUCUUCUGAGAACAAGGCCAAUAAAAAUUCUUCUAGUACUAGCU